CGGUAACAAAUCAUCUGCAGAGGUGGGCGUGGAUCUGCUUUCGUCAGCGGUCCUCUUGGUUUUGGUGCCUGCGAGAAGGAGCUGUCAGCUAACGUUAGCUAGCAAAAAAAAACACGGAACGCAAGAACAGCGAAAGCACCGACGACAAAAAGCUGGUGCGCCAGAAGUGGGAGGCCCAAUUUACCGUUUCGUUUUUGUUUAGCUCAUUAUUAAUUUUGUUUGAAAACAAACCCUACCCCCUCCUCACCCCUAUUUUUUUGUUUGUCCCUUAUACAUUAUUUUGUUUGUGAUACCUCCUCGAGCUUUGGGAGCAGCGAGGGGUCUUCAUGGCUGUUCGAAGAGGCCACAUCAGGUACCUAAAAGAGGUGUAUGACAUGUCCAACGGCUACGAGGAUCACAUGGGAGGAGGAGAUGAGGUGACGGAUGCCAAGACCAACCUGAUAGUCAACUACCUUCCUCAGAGCAUGAGCCAGGACGAGCUACGCAGCCUCUUCAGCAGCAUUGGCGAGGUGGAGUCCGCCAAGCUCAUACGGGACAAAGUGGCAGGUACGGAACACCUUGUCCCACAAUGCACUACAGGCCACAGUUUAGGGUACGGAUUUGUUAACUAUCUUACCCCUAGCGAUGCAGAAAGAGCUAUCAAUACUCUGAAUGGACUAAGGCUACAGUCUAAAACUAUCAAGGUUUCAUAUGCGCGGCCGAGCUCUGACACCAUUAAAGAUGCCAACCUGUACAUCAGUGGCCUGCCCAAGACCAUGACCCAGAAAGACGUGGAGGACAUGUUCGCUCGCUACGGACGCAUCAUCAACUCCCGGGUGCUGGUCGACCAGGCCUCUGGCCUGUCUCGGGGGGUGGCGUUCAUCCGGUUUGACAAGCGAGCGGAGGCUGAGGACGCCAUCAAAGACCUGAACGGACAGAAACCCCCCGGAUCCGCUGAGCCAAUCACAGUGAAGUUUGCUGCCAGCCCCAACCAGGCCAAGAACACUCAGCUCAUAUCUCAGCUCUACCACAACCAGGGACGCCGCUUUGGAGGGCCAGUUCACCACCAGGCUCAGAGAUUCAGGUUUUCUCCCAUGUCUGUGGACCAUAUGAGCGGUAUGUCUGGGGUGAGUGUGCCGGGGAACGCCACCUCUGGCUGGUGCAUCUUCAUCUACAACCUGGGCCAGGACGCCGACGAGGGCAUCCUGUGGCAGAUGUUCGGGCCCUUCGGCGCCGUCACCAACGUCAAGGUCAUCCGCGACUUCAACACCAACAAGUGCAAAGGCUUUGGCUUUGUUACCAUGCCGAACUACGAGGAGGCCGCCAUGGCGAUCGGCAGCCUCAACGGUUACCGCCUCGGGGACAAGAUCCUGCAGGUGUCGUUCAAGACCAGCAAAGGCCACAAGUAGAGAGAGAAGAGGGAGGUGGGGUGAUAGAGGGAGGAGAGAAACCUCACCCCAGGCUUCUAAUAUGGAGGGUAAAUUGCCUCAGUUUGACAAAACAAACGUGUUUUUAGCGUUAUCUCACUAAGCCCAUUCUCACUCUGCAUCUUUGUACUAGUCUAACAGAGUCUAGGCUGAGUUUGAUAUUUCUCUUGUUUUUUUUUUUACUCAUGCUUUGGGAUGUUCCAAACGCAGUUCUCAAUGUUUAUCCUGAUAUGGUGACCAAUUUCACAAUUCAAGACUAGAUUGUUUUUCCUGUGAGACUAAACUAGUGUCACUAUGUGCCAUAUGAAUGGUAGGACCACGGUAGGGACUUGGAGAAGGAUGUGCUACAGUCAUGCGUCUAGUCCCCCACUGUAGGAGGAAGCAUGCUGUCUUAGACGCUGGUUCCAGUGUAGAAAUAGAUGCCUUAAGUUACCCUCCCUGUCAAGCCAUCCACUGUCUCCAGCCAUUCUAAAAGGAAAGCACUUUUUAAAUCCUUAUUAUAUAAUGUCAGAGCGAUAGUCGGCUGUUUUGACGUAAACCAUACAUUGGUCUUUUCUCACCGUGCGGAAUCAAUUUUCUAUGCCUCAUGUUAGGUACUGGAUGGUACCAUUACAUAGCAGCAUGUGUGUCCCGUUUUGGGGUCUUUUAAAAGUUGACUCUGAGAGGCCAUGUGUAAAAAAAAUUGAAAAAAUAAAAAAAAAAGGUCUGGAGAUUUUAAAGUAGGAACAUGUUUAAGAAGGACCAAAGAAAUGGAAGGAUAUGAUCCCAGGGCCCGUAUUCACAUGCUGAUCUAGGAUCAUAAAUAAGUACGAUUUAUAUGGACCGAGAGGAGCUGAUCUUAGAUCAGCAUUAAGUCCUCUGAGAAGCUUUGUGAAUAGGGAAGAUGCUUGCCGUUAUGACUCAUUUCCCCUCACCAGUAAUAGUUUGGACAUCUGAACAACCGGUACUAAGGCUGAAUCUAACACAGCUCUCUCAUCCAGUUUGCAGUUUUUAUAGAAAAAAAAGUUCUCUCUUUAGUAUCUGAUGUUUUUCUUGAAUUUUCUUUGAGAGUAACUUUUCUUUUUUCGUCGAAGCGUAGACUACUGAUCGGAGAGUUGAGUUGUUUUUGUUUUUUACUGCUCAUCUCGAGCUAAAGAAGAAUUUAUGGCCUUUGUGAUUAAUUUUUUUUGUUCUGUUUUUGGUCCUUUGUUUUGAUUGUUUUACUUUGAACAUGCAAUCAUUAAAUUUAAUUUAGAUUUGACUCAACGUUUUGGUUUUGUUUCUUUUAUUUCUUCAGGUUUUGGUUUGUGGAUUUUCUUUGGGGUUUUCUGUUUUGAUUGUAGAAGCUGAGGGAAGCUACCGACACCAGACUGCUAUUAUGAUGAUACUACUCACUCCAUUCCCAUUGGGAUAUUACAGGACGUUUGAAUGGUCAACAUCAUAAGGUUUAGUUUGACUCUCUAAGAUGGUCUGAAGGGCAAGAGGAUGCAGUCUCCGUUGUAAAACACCUCAGACGUUGGCCUUAUUUCCAUUCAAACUUGUGUGUGAACCAUGAGGCAAGGGCUUUCAAAGAUGGGAGUCCUCCAGUUGAGGUACUGAAAGUCUUGUUUCAUGUUAAUAGGAUGUAGGAGUUACUGAUGAACCCAUAAGGAAUAGUCUGUUCUAAUACAGGUACUGCAGGAGGCGGUUUCACUCAUGGACCUUUGAUCUGCCUUGCAGCCAACAAACACAGUCAUCCUGAGAAACUGUCUGCCAUUUUAGAAAUGUGCAAUAACCGAAAAACUUGGGUUAAAGAAAGCUGAACCCAGGCAUAUUCAAGUGACGUUUCAGGAAGAAGACUGGGGGUUGGUUUUCCAUCAAGCGAAUAUUCCUACAUCUAUUUUUAACAUAUCUUUGUGUACUUUUCAUCACCAAGGGCUUUCCUAUGUAGGUUUGAGAGUGUAGUACUGUAGUCUGUUGGAGAGUAAGUAACUGACUACAGCAGCACCACAACACAGUUCGUUUAGUUUCCUGCUGCCGCAGAUCUAGGAUCAGUUUACCCUUACACAGUCCUAACCUUCACCAUAAUGGGUGACACUUGUUUUAGAAAAGUAGGGCCUUGUCUCCUGGACUUUCAAUAGAGAUUCUCCAUUGAGCAUGAUUUUAUGUCCAGGAGUAGGCUUCAUCUGGGUUCUUGGAACAGCCUAGUAACCAAACUUUAUAAUUCUCUCUUCUAAAGGUAUUGUGAUCUCUGUCUUCAGAUCUGUAAAGCCUUACUAGUUUCCACACGUGGACAAAAAAUACCGCUCCUGUCACAGGAAUAUCCUCUCUGUAGGCCUCAAGUUAGUCAUUAUUUUUUUUAAAGGAGAAGAUUCUCAUGGAACAGUCCUGAACAGAGUGCAUGCAAUAUGUGGUGGGUCUUUAAAAAAAAAAUCUGGACCAGAAACUGUACUAGAGAGAGUGGUUAUUCUGAACCAGAAACUGCACUAGAGAGAGUGGUUAUUCUGAACCAGAAACUGCACUAGAGAGAGUGGUUAUUCUGAACCAGAAACUGCACUAGAGAGAGUGGUUAUUCUGAACCAGAAACAACCACUAGAGAGAGUGGUUAUUAUGAACCAGAAACAACCACUAGAGAGAGUGGUUAUUCUGAACCAGAAACUGCACUAGAGAGAGUGGUUAUUCUGAACCAGAAACAACCACUAGAGAGAGUGGUUAUUCUGAACCAGAAACAACCACUAGAGAGAGUGGUUAUUCUGAACCAGAAACAACCACUAGAGAGAGUGGUUAUUCUGAACCAGAAACAACCACUAGAGAGAGUGGUUAUUCUGAACCAGAAACAACCACUAGAGAGAGUGGUUAUUAUGAAGCAAAAACAGCACUAGAGAGAGUGGUUAUUAUGAAGCAAAAACAGCACUAGAGAGAGUGGUUAUUCUGAACCAAAAGCAGCACUAGAGAGAGUGGUUAUUCUGAACCAGAAACGACCACUAGAGAGAGUGGUUAUUCUGAACCAGAAGCAGCACUAGAGAGAGUGGUUAUUCUGAACCAGAAGCAGCACUAGAGAGAGUGGUUAUUCUGAACCAGAAGCAGCACUAGAGAGAGUGGUUAUUUUGAACCAGAAGCAGCACUAGAGAGAGUGGUUAUUCUGAACCAGAAGCAGCACUAGAGAGAGUGGUUAUUCUGAACCAGAAACAACCACUAGAGAGAGUGGUUAUUCUGAAGCAGAAACAGCACUAGAGAGAGUGGUUAUUCUGAACCAGAAACAACCACUAGAGAGAGUGGUUAUUCUGAACCAGAAGCAGCACUAGAGAGUGGUUAUUCUGAACCAGAAGCGGCACUAGAGAGAGUGGUUAUUCUGAACCAGAAGCGGCACUAGAGAGAGUGGUUAUUCUGAACCAGAAGCAGCACUAGAGAGUGGUUAUUCUGAACCAGAAGCGGCACUAGAGAAAGUGGUUAUUCUGAACCAGAAGCAGCACUAGAGAGUGGUUAUUCUGAACCAGAAGCAGCACUAGAGAGUGGUUAUUCUGAACCAGAAGCGGCACUAGAGAGAGUGGUUAUUCUGAACCAGAAGCGGCACCAGAGAGAGUGGUUAUUCUGAACCAGAAGCGGCACUAGAGAGAGUGGUUAUUCUGAACCAGAAGCGGCACUAGAGAGAGUGGUUAUUCUGAACCAGAAGCAGCACUAGAGAGAGUGGUUAUUCUGAACCAGAAACGACCACUAGAGAGAGUGGUUAUUCUGAACCAGAAGCGGCACUAGAGAGAGUGGUUAUUCUGAACCAGAAGCGGCACUAGAGAGAGUGGUUAUUCUGAACCAGAAACUACCACUAGAGAGAGUGGUUAUUCUGAACCAGAAACAGCACUAGAGAGAGUGGUUAUUCUGAAGCAGAAACUACCACUAGAGAGAGUGGUUAUUCUGAACCAGAAACAACCACUAGAGAGAGUGGUUAUUCUGAACCAGAAGCGGCACUAGAGAGAGUGGUUAUUCUGAACCAGAAGCGGCACUAGAGGGGUGUGGUUAUUCUGAACCAGAAACAGCACUAGAGAGAGUGGUUAUUCUGAACCAGAAAUGACCACUAGAGGGGUGUGGUUAUUCUGAACCAGAAAUGACCACUAGAGGGGGAGUGGUUAUUCUGCACCAGAAAUGACCACUAGAGGGGUGUGGUUAUUCUGAACCAGAAAUGACCACUAGAGGGGGAGUGGUUAUUCUGAACCAGAAAUGACCACUAGAGGGGUGUGGUUAUUCUGAACCAGAAAUGACCACUAGAGGGGUGUGGUUAUUCUGAACCAGAAAUGACCACUAGAGGGGUGUGGUUAUUCUGAACCAGAAAUGACCACUAGAGGGGUGUGGUUAUUCUGAACCAGAAAUGACCACUAGAGGGGGAGUGGUUAUUCUGAACCAGAAAUGACCACUAGAGGGGUGUGGUUAUUCUGAACCAGAAAUGACCACUAGAGGGGGAGUGGUUCAUUUGCUUGACUCCUUGUUCUCAUCCUUUUGAUAUUUUUCUAUUGAGUUCUACUAAUCAGCUCUUGCUUUGCUAGCUUCUCAGUGCUACUAUGUUGAAAUGCUAGUGGGUUUACUGGAGUAAAUAGAUUAUGGUUAACCUCUGUUUUUAGCCUUAAUUUAUGUGGGAGAGAUGGAAGAACCUGGCAACAGCAGUGGAGGCACAAAGACAUAAUUUAUUUGACUUGUAUGUAGUUUUACAUGUUUGUACAUUUUUUUGUGUUGGAGUGUGUUCCUUUUGACUUUUUUAAUGGAUUCAUUUUGAUUUCCUCCGUUUGGUUUUGAAGGAAGGCCUGUUCAGAACCUGUCUAACACACAACUACUUUGAAUAAAAUAUCUGUAAGCUUUAUAAAGCUCA